AGUGCAUUAGGUUGAAGUUGAGUUCAUUAUCAACAUGAAAUUCUUUUUAGCUUCUCUUACCUUGCUGCUUGGUCUCUUUACAUGUGGCCAUUCUGCAGAAUUCCUAAACUAUGAAAAAAAAUUGAGUGAUCUACCAGGAAUUGCUCCAGUUUUCAUAAAAACAAAUUCUCUGGAAGAGUGUUCUGUCUACUGUUCAUUGAGCCCUGAUUGCAGGGCUUUUAUUUUGAUGAGUGGAAAGUGUCAAACAUUUACUCUCUUGAACUAUAAUCCCUCUAAAGGAAAACAUUGGCUAUACAUAAAAAAUAGGAAUUAUAAUGUUAAUGACCAUGGAAUGUUGAGUAAAUGGUGUUCACGUGGAAAUGACAUAGAAAAUAUAGAUAGUGUUACACCUCAAUUUUGUGGAAAUAAAUGCAGAACUACUAGUGGUUGUGUUGGCUUUGCAUACAACACUGUCAAGAGAAAAUGUUGGCUAAAGAAUAAAAUAGUUGAAAGAUCUGAAUUUGUCAAUAGACCAGUGAAUAUUAUGUAUAUAAGACAACCAAGAUUCAUCAGAACACAACCAACUGGCUUUAGAUACUAUGCUUACAAGCAGAUUGUGGGAUCAGAUAUGGGAAAAUCUAAAGUUUCAAUUGAAGAAUGUGCUCAAAAAUGUAAAGGAAAAUCAUUUUGCAGAGGGUUUACCUAUUUUGACAAUGAAGGAAUGUGUCAACCAUUCAUGUCAGUUAGGAGUAAAAUUAGCAAUUACCAUGCUAUAGCCUAUAUAAGGCAAUAA